UUUCAGAGCACCAUUUUCUCUCAACAAUGGAUUCCUCACCAGAACAUCCUAGUGGCGUAUUAUCAGAGGAAUCAAACGGAAAUCCUCGAUUGGAAGUGUUACUACCUUCUCUCUCUCUCGAUCAUUCCAUGAGUAACACCGUUCUGGAAGCUCCUAGUACUGACGAUGACGAAUUCUACAUUAACGGUGAAAAUGGAGGUAAUCUUUUGGAGCAGGGGAUAACUCCGAAGAGAACUACUCUUGCAAGAGCACAUUCGCUAACGAUUACGUCUUCGGCACCAACCGGUGAAGGCGCAGAGGUUAAUGGAUACACAAAUGAUACACCAAAAGCUAAUGUUGAGUCCCCAAUGAUGGAUGAAGCUUGGGAUAUGUUGAAGAAAUCUUACGUUUUUUACAAAGGUGUUCCUGUUGGUACGGUCGCUGCUUCUGAUCCUAGUGCUGAAGCUUUAAACUAUAAUCAGGUUUUUGUGAGGGACUUCUUUCCUAGUGCACUAGCUUGCCUAAUGAAAGAUCCCCCAGAUACUGAAAUUGUGAAGAACUUCUUGCUGAAAACCCUCCACCUUCAAGGCCGGGAAAAGAAGGUCGACAACUUUACUCUUGCAGAAGGUGUGAUGCCAGCGAGCUUCAAAGUUCAGAAAGAUGAGAGAUGUGAGCGUGUGAAAGAAACUCUAGAAGCUGAUUAUGGUGGAUCUGCAAUUGGAAGGGUUGCACCAAUGGAUUCUGGGUUUUGGUGGAUCAUUUUACUGAGGUCAUACUACAAGUGUACUAGAGAUCAUUCACUGGUAGAUAUGCCUGAAGUGCAGCAAGGCAUAAAAUUGAUCCUUAAUUUGUGCCUCUCUGAUGGCUUUGACACUUUCCCAACACUGCUUUGUGCAGAUGCUUGCUGUAUGAUUGACAGAAGGAUGGGAAUAUAUGGAUAUCCCAUCGAGAUUCAGUCACUUUUCUUUUUUGCGCUAAGAUGCGCCAAGCAGAUGCUGAAAGAUGUGCCAGACAACAAGGAAUUGCUUGACAAAAUAAACAAAAAGAUCAAAGCACUUAGUUACCACAUUCGCACUUACUACUGGCUUGAUUGCAUCCAGCUGAAUAACAUUUACAGGUAUCGCACUGAAGAAUACUCCCACACUGCUGUAAAUAAGUUCAAUGUAAGCCCAGAAUCAAUACCAGAAUGGUUGUUCGAGUUCAUGCCUCUGCAGAAAGGUGGUUAUUUCAUUGGCAAUGUCAGCCCUGCUCGCAUGGACUUCAGGUGGUUCUUGCUAGGGAACUGCAUUGCCAUCUUAAGCAGUCUGGCUACACUAGAACAACAAUCAGCAAUAAUGGACUUAAUUGAAGUGCGUUGGUCGGAAUUAGUUGGAGAAAUGCCCUUGAAAAUCUCUUAUCCAGCUCUAGAGGAUCAUGAUUGGAAGAUUGUCACUGGGUUUGAUCCCAAGAAUACUCGGUGGAGCUACCAUAACGGUGGAUCUUGGCCAGUUCUGCUGUGGUUGAUGGUAGCGGCCUGCAUCAAAACUGGGAGGCGUGAAACAGCAAGAAGGGCCAUCACUAUGGUGGAGGAACGCCUAGCUAAAGAUGGGUGGCCAGAGUAUUAUGAUGGAAUAACAGGACAAUACAUUGGGAAACAAGCAAGGAAGUACCAGACAUGGAGCAUUGCAGGCUACUUGGUUGCUAAGAAGAUGAUGGAGAACCAAAUUGAUGUUGCAUUGGUCUCACUCGAUGAAGACAAGACAAUCGCUAAGCCUAAGCUUACUCGUUCCGCCUCAUGGAGUGCUUCCUAGCUAGACGAUGUUAUUAGCAUUGGUCCGUUUUCUGAGACAUUACUGCUAAAGCUGUCCUCACUAUAGGAAUUAGUAUAAGGUUGUAAAUAAAGAUACACCGAAAGGCAAUAGAAGGUUUUACAAUGGUGGCUAGCUUGCUACCUUGGUGAUUACUCAUUUACUAGCCAUUUUUGAUUUGGCUUAAU